GUGCAGUAGCGUCGUUGCUCGCAUGCUCGUCGCGCUCGCGGAUCGCUCACGAGCUAUCGUUCUACGUGCUAUGUCUCCUUUCAUCCUCUAACCUUUCUUUUUUAUCACCCUACGUGUAUUCGCAUACGUUUCACUAAUUUUACAUUCGCAAAAAUGCACACGAGUGUUUCCUUUCAUUUAUGGAAAUAACAUGGAAAUUGUACACGCACAGAACGAUACGAUGGAUAUGUUAGCUUUCCCUGGGAAAUAAAUAUAUCGAUUACACGUCUCGUCCGAGUUGUCUGUAAAAAGGAUAAAAUGGCCUCUUGGCGUGAGAAUUCACUAUAUAGAUAGAAAAGAAUGUGGACGCUCCUUAUAUUGUGUCGGCAUUGUGGCCAGGUUUGUCCGAAAUCUAAUCGAGUCAACUAUUAUUCGAGGUAGUUGGAAAUGGUGGAAAAAACAAGAUUUAGCGGAUUGAUCCCGGGUUAGAGUCUAUGUACGACCUCGAGUGCCUUCGCGAGUGCCGCUUUUCCCCGCGAAACACAGUUCGAAUCGAAAGAGCGGGAAAGAGCGGAACGAGACAUUUUUGCGACGCGAGUGAAAAGUCGCACAAUCUGGACAUUUGAUUGUUAGAUUUUAGCUUACGGUUGGAACACAAGUUGAUUUUCUCACGUACGUGUGCCAGUAAUGGCAGGUAAUGGCAAUGGCAACAUAUAUACCGAGAUUAAACGCGAUAUCGAUUCGCGAUUGUGAACGCUCGACGAUUCUAAUUAACCGGAAGGACAAUUACAAUUCGUAUUCAUAAUCAUAAUCGAGUAGCACGCAAAGCAGGGUUAAUCUCAUUAGCUAACAGCUGCGAGAGAGACAGGAACGGAUCCUGAGAUGGUAAUCCUCUAGUUCUUUCCCUUCCCCGCUUUUCUCUCUUACUCUCUAGGUAGAAGAACCUAUCAAUAUUUUUUACAAGAGUUUACAAGAGUGCAAUUGCUAUCUCUCCAGAGCGCUCUUCGAGCUGAAAAAUUGCAAAUCGCUCUCGACACGAAAAGUGACAAAAUCCGGCCCUGAUUGCAGCAGGUGCGAGCAAGAGGGGGUGUACGUCUAUAGAGAGCCUAAAUAGAUUGAGGAAAGAAAAUGGAACGACGGAAGAGGAAAGUAGGAAUAAGUGGGGAGAAGGACGAGAUUGAAAAGUUGCGGAAAGCGGUGGGAGAGUCUAUCGAAUCCAUCUGAUUAUUCCGUGCACUGUGCUCCGCUCCGCAUCUUUCAAAAGGACAUCCUUACAAGAGGGAUUUACAAGAGGCCAAUUGGGGCAAAUUUAGGAUAUUUUUCUAGCGACUUUACGCUCUUGCGAAAGUGCCCCGUAUAAAUAGAAGCGCAGAUGCCCCAUAUGAAAUCACUUUGGAUUUGCAGGAAAAUGCAUUUCGCAAUUUCAAGUGCAUCUUGAAUAUCCGAAAAGGUGGUAAUUUUUUCAUUACUUUGUAACGCGUGUGUCGAAGCGUCGGAAAUAAAUGAGCGGCAUCGAUGAGCACAGGGUCAUCGAUGAGCCGACAUACGUGAGCGAAAUGAUCAACGAUCUAAUAAUAAUCGCGCUCUUAGCUCUCUUAUCCAUAUGCCAGGUUGAUUUGAAUUCAAGGGACCGACCCCACCACUGUAUCCUUUUAGUGAGCGAGGUCAGUGAUCACACAGUGUGAAGAAAGGUUUGACAACGUCUAAAGAAACAUGUACGGUCUAAUCUUGGAGAACCUAGCUGAAUACAUAAGGCAGGUUUACGGCGAGGACAGAUGGGAGGAGAUUCGCAGGCAAGCGUCCGUGGAUCAGCCGAGCUUCAGCGUUCACCAGGUCUACCCGGAGAACCUGAUACCGAGAUUAGCGAAGAAAGCAAUUCAGGUUCUCGGCGUAACGGAAAAGGAGUUCUUCGAUCAAAUGGGGGUGCACUUUGUAGGUUUCGUCGGACAAUACGGUUACGACCGCGUACUCUCAGUGCUCGGGCGGCACGUCAGGGACUUUCUCAACGGUCUAGACAAUCUUCACGAGUACCUCAAGUUUUCCUAUCCGAGAAUGCGAGCGCCUUCGUUCAUAUGCGAAAACGAGACUCGUCAAGGGUUGACGCUACACUAUCGAAGCAAACGCCGGGGCUUCGUCUACUACACGAUGGGCCAAAUAAGGGAAGUCGCCCGACACUUUUAUCACAAGGAACUGCAGAUCGAGCUGGUGCGCGAGGAAGUGCUUUUCGACACUGUCCACGUCACCUUUCAACUUACCUUCGACAAUCGCGCCUUUACCCUAGCAUCCCUCGCGAUGACUCGCGAGGAGAAACACCUGCCGAUCGGAGCGUGCGUGCUCUUUGAGAUAUUUCCCUUCUGCAUCGUCUUUGGAUCAGAUAUGGUUGUCCGGAGCAUCGGCAAUUCACUAAUGGUCAUAUUGCCAGAUCUGGUUGGCAAGAAGAUUACGUACUUUUUCGAUUUGGUUCGACCACUUAUCGCGUUUAAAUUUCAAUCGGUAAAUUUAGUAAACAUAUUAAACAGAACAAACAACAUUUUCGAGUUGGUUACUGUUGAGCCAGUGCUUACGGAACGAUUGAAUGAUCGACACAGAAACGAAAUUCUCUUGAGCGACGAGCUUGAGACGGUAGAAGAUAAGACUUUACGACUGAAGGGUCAAAUGAUAUACAUGGACAACUGGAAAAUGAUGAUGUAUCUCGGUACACCUGUCAUGCCCGACCUCAACGCUUUAAUAGCAACCGGCCUUUACAUAAAUGAUCUCUCGAUGCACGAUUUUAGCCGAGACCUCAUGCUCGCUGGGACUCAACAGUCGGUCGAGUUAAAACUGGCGUUAGAUCAAGAACAGCUUAAGAGUAAGAAGCUGGAGGAAUCUAUGAGGAAACUGGACGAAGAAAUGAAGCGUACAGAUGAGUUGUUGUAUCAAAUGAUUCCAAAACAGGUCGCGGACCGUUUGAGGAAUGGCGAGAGUCCGAUCGAUACUUGCGAGAUGUUUGAUAGUGUAUCGAUCCUGUUCUCGGACGUGGUAACUUUUACCGAGAUCUGCAGUAGGAUCUCACCGAUGGAAGUUGUGUCCAUGUUAAACGCCAUGUAUUCGUUGUUUGAUACUUUAACCGAGAGAAAUCGAGUUUACAAGUCCUUUUUAUUCAAGGUCGAAACUAUCGGUGACGCUUACAUGGUGGUUUCUGGUGCGCCGGUAAAAGAGAACGAUCAUGCAGAUCGCGUAUGCGAUAUGGCGCUUGAUAUGGUCGAAGCGAUAACCGAUCUCAAGGAUCGCUCAACAGGUGUAUAUUGCAACCAUCUUCAGAUACGCGUUGGCAUUCACAGUGGUGCGGUUGUAGCCGGUAUCGUUGGCUUAAAGAUGCCACGAUACUGCCUCUUUGGUGAUUCUGUCAACACAGCAGCCCGCAUGGAGGCGACGAGCCAAGCGAUGCAGAUACAUAUAUCCCAGUCCACCCAGGAACUGCUGUCGCCCUCGUAUAAGGUGAAGGAACGCGGAGAAAUCGAGGUGAAGGGAAAGGGCACAAUGAAGACCUAUUGGUUGGAGAAGCGAGAACGUCGUUCCGUCACGACCAAGGGAAUCACUAUACAGGAGCCUCAUCAGUGGCACACUAGGAGCUUCGAGAAGAGGAUUUCCUCGGUAGGAGCGAUAGGCCUGAUAAGCCCAGGCAUGUUCGACAAGUCGACCGCGGGAGACGGGCCGCCGAAACGUCGAGGUUCCUCCAAGAUGUCGUCCCCGACGCCACCGGGCUCCUCGGGAUUCUUCUCCGAGGAGAGAAGGAUAUACUCGCCCAUUACUUUUCAAGAUGUCGCGCGACGGUCGGUCGCCAAUUCGCCGACCAAGAAUGUCGAGAUACGAGAAUGUCGAUCGAAUUCGAUGGGCGCGGUAGGCAUGAGGAAUGCAUCGGACAUGUUCAGCUCGCUCCUCAACGACACGGAGGAGCACUUCCGGCAGCACCGGGACAACUUGUCGCCGCGCGUCGAAAAUCUAUCGGCGAGCGUGCACGUGAAACCGGAAGUGAAGAUCAAUGCCACUUCAUCCUCGUCCUCGUCCUCGUCCUCGUCGAGUUCCGAGGACGAGUCCAAUUUGUCCGUGGAUUUCGUCCUACAGGCGCGAAAGAGCAACGCCGACGCGCCGCAGCCAGCUGGCGAGGACGGUGAGUGCGCGGCGGCCAUCAGUAGCGAUCUCAGCAGCUCUCAGUUGGCGCAACAGGACCAGUGCUGUCCGGGAUUUACCAUCUCGAAGAGCAGCAAGAUGCGUCAUCAAGGAAAUACCUGUGUCAUUGUCUAAAUUAGAGAGUGUUGCGAUGAAAAAAA